CAGCUUGCGAUGUGGCUAUUGUUUAUUUAUGAAGCCCUAAAUUCAUAAUUUACUAUCUUUAUUAUUAACCAUCGCAUCUCGGUUUGAAUAGAAACUACUUUUUAGAUUUCAACAUUUGCCGCGCUUUAAUAAAUAAUGUUUUAAAUAAAUUAUACUAAAAGUACUAUACUGUUGGAUAAAAUGGAGUAUUUCAAAUUAUUAGUUUACUUUCAGUCACUACAAACAUCACUACAAAAGGCUUGUAAGGUCUCUCUGUCAAUUAGCAUCGGCUUAGAGAAUAUUAUUAUGUGUCGGGUUACAAAAAUGAAAUUUGUUACUUUUCUUAUGAUAACGAUUUGGGCCCGCGUGGUGCUCACAAAGGAUGCGAACUUGGUGGAUUUUCUGAAAACUUACGUGGAUAAUGAGAGAAAACCUACAAUGGUUGUGUUGACGGGCCUUUGUUGGAAAAAAGACACGCUGCGUACCCUAGUAGUUGAACUGUCAAAGCUUGGAGCUAGGACAUCGAAGCCUCCGUCUAUAAAAAUACAAUCCAAAUACCACGUCGUCAUGCACAAUACAUUGUUCCUGAGCGAUUUGCAUUGUCCCGAAACGGCUGAGGUCAUUGAAACUGCUAUUCUACAUAAUCUGUUUCGGUAUCCUCUACGGUGGCUUUUGUUGAAAAACAUGUCCGAAAACUCUUCUGUCAUACUUGAAGACAUACCCGCGUUUGCAGACAGCGAUUUAGUCUUAGCAGAAAUAACAGAGGAACUAGUCGUAAUUACUGAAUGUAAGAUUAUAAUUCUGAAUCGAAAUGUUUUAGUGCACAAACCGAACGAGAACGGCGCGUUGAUAUCAAAAGAUAAAGGUUACUACAACGGAACUAUGGUGGACGUUAGGCCCCAUCGAGAACUCUUCAAACGGCGCAGAGACGUAAUGGGCCGUCCAUUGACAAUGGCGAAUGUUAUACAAGACAGCAACAGCACUCGUUACCAUCUGCCUAGGGAGGAUGCUUUGGAGCUCCAGUACGACGUUAUUCCUAAAAUCUGCUGGAUGACCGCGAAGCUAGCGUUCCAAAUGUUAAAUGCUACUCCUCGGUACACCUUCAGCUAUCGUUGGGGGUAUAAAGUUAAUGGGCAAUGGUCGGGGAUGAUCAACGAUUUGCACACCAGUAAAGCCGAUUUGGGUACAAACUGCGUUGUUUCCGACGUCGAGCGUCUUUCAGUGGUCACGUACACAGAUAUGCUGGCUCCGUUUCGAGUUAGAUUCGUUUUCAGACAGCCUCCCUUGCCGUCGGUCGCCAAUAUAUUCUAUUUGCCCUUUGCUGGGAGCGUGUGGGCAGCUGUAGCUGUGUGCGCGAUGGUUUACACCGUAGCUAUGUACUGGGCGAGUAAAUGGGAGUUUAAUUUAGAGAAGCGAAGUGCGUCUCAGUUCGACGGUACUGUGGGUGAUGCGAUGUUGCUUACGAUGAGUGCACUAAGUCAACAGGGAUGCUUUAUAGAGCCUAAAAGAGCUCCAGUUGAAAAUUCGUUAUACAAGGAUCCGGUGCGAGUGAUGAUACACAAACGCAUCGAUCCGGAGACCGGAAACGGUCAGUUCUACAGUCUCGAAGACGGAGUGGAUAUGAUUAGGCAGGGUUUCUUCGCGUUCCACUCGAUCGUGGAGCCGGUGUACCGACGCAUCGAAGAAACGUUUCUGGAGACAGAGAAAUGCGACCUCACAGAGGUUGACUUCCUGAGCAGUUUCGAUCCCUUCGUUCCAGUUAAGAAAGACUCUCCUUAUCUAGAACUACUCAGAGUCGUCUUCAAGCAAAUCCGCGAGUCUGGUAUCCAGUCGGCACUAAACAAGAGGUACCAAGUACCGAAGCCUCGUUGCUCUAACAAAGUGGCGGCCUUCAGCAGCGUCGGCAUCGUCGACUUGAGACCUGUUCUUAUACUGAUGGUCUACGGAAUAAUAUCGUCCUGUUUAAUACUCAUUAUGGAGAUGAUCGUGUUUAAAAUAGCACAUCACUAGACUCGCUCAACUCUGACACGUUGGGACACCUCAAACAAGAGAGAACAAUCCAAUAAUGAAGCUUAAUUUUAUAUAUUAGUUUCAAGGUUUUUUUUUGUAUUCAUUUUCAUCCUAAGCCUGAUAGAGAAUAAUUAAACGAAUUAAUUCGCAAUUUAUUCUUUAAAUGUAUUAAAUAUUAUAUUCAUACCUGAUAAUUUUGAAAAAUAGCAUUAAUAACUUUCGUAAUUCAAAUACUGCCAAGUAAAUUCUUUGUCGUGUAAAAGUCAGCAUACUGAUAAGUACUUAAUUGGGCAGUUAUAUUGUGUAAAUAAAACCAUAAUAAAAUUAUGAAAGUCUUAUCGGUGUGCGCGCGGAAAAACUUAUGCUUAACAAUUUUUUGUAGUUAUAUUUAUAAUUGUUUGUUUGUUAUCAUAUAACAACUAGACACUUUAUCUUGAAUCUUCAUUUAAAAUCAUUAAGCUCACCGUAAUACUCGAUAGUUGGCGCUAUAUCUGAAUAUUAUUAGUUUGUUUUGGGUGAUUUAAUAUAAAUUGAAUUUCUAAAGGAUUACUCACGCAGACAAAGUCGCACGCACAACUAGUUUUGUAUAUUUUUAUUGUGAACGAUGAAUAAAAACAUGUAAAUAGACAAA